GUCCCCACCCUCCUCCCCACCAGCUCACCAGGGCUACAGUGUUUUCCAGCUGCAGUCCUGGAAGAGGCUCCUGGAGACCAUCCCUUUUGUGCAAUCUACACCAGCCACGCCCGUGAUCUCUGCUGUUCCUCGCCUGCUUCUCCUGCUGGAUCCAGAAUGGCCCCCUGGUGCUACUGCCUCCUAGCCUUCCUGAUAAGGAGUCUCUCUGGGACCCCUUCCAACUCUCCAGGUGAAUCAAGGAACCCUUGGGUCACAGCUCCAGUGGCCCCUGGAGAGGUAGUGGAGACUGCAGACGAGGUGUGCAAGUUCCCAGGGCAGCGGCUGAGCUGGUGGCAGGCCCAAGAGUCCUGUGAGCAGCGGUUGGGCCACCUGGUACUGCCACCCCCAGAUGGGCUCCUCGCUGCACGGCUGCCUGACCCCAUCUGGGUGGGCCAAAGAGAAGCCCCUCUGCGAAGACCCCCGCAGAGGCGCGCGCGCGCCACGGCCGCACUGAUGUUCGGGGAGAGAUCCGCGGACCGGGCUGCUCGACUUCGGACGCCUCUGCCCGCGCUGGGGGAGCUGACAGCGUGCGCGCACGUGCAGUGGGAUGCCACCUCGUCCGACCCAGCAGCACUCUUCUCUCUGGCUGUGCCCACGCUGGCCAACGCGCUGCAGCUGCGAGCCUUCGCCGAGCCGGGCGGCGCCGUGCACGCGGCGCUCGUGGUGCGCGGGCAUCACGCGCCCUUCCGAGCUGCCUUCCGCGCGGACGGCCGCUGGCACCACGUGUGCGCCACGUGGGAGCAGCUCGGCGGGCGCUGGUCGCUGUUCGCCGAUGGGCGGCGACGCGCUGGGGCGCGGGGCCUGGGCGCCGGCCACCCGCUGCCACCUGGCGGCAUCCUCGUGCUGGGCCAGGACCAGGACUCUCUGGGCGGCGGCUUCUCAGCGCGCGACGCCUUCAGCGGCAACCUCACCGACUUCCACCUGUGGGCCCGCGCGCUGAGCCCCGCGCAAAUGCUCCGGGCACGGGCCUGCGCGCCGCCCCCCAGCGGCCUGGUUUUCCGCUGGGAUCUGGGCGCCCUGGACGUCACACCCUCGCUGCUGCCGCCGGUGUGGGUGCGGCUUCUCUGUCCGGUGCCCUCAGAGGAGUGCCCUAUGUGGGACCCAGGACCCCACACCGAGGGCUCUUUGCUCUGCUUGCAGCCGCUGCCCUUCCUCUGCUGCUACCGGACAGAGAAGUACCGGCGGCUGCAGGACGCCCAGUCGUGGCCUGGCCAGGAUGUUAUCAGCCAAGUCAAUGCCUUGGCCAACGCUAUUGUGCUCCUUCCUGACCCUCUCUCUGAAGCCCACGGAGACCUGUCCCUGACCGAGGCCGCCAGCUUCCUGAGCAUCCUGGAGGGAGUCCUGGCAAAGGAGACAGCUCCACUGGGGCCAGCAGCACUGCUGGCUGUCCUGUGCUUUCUGAAAAGAGUGGCCGCCCUUGGGACGUGGGAGCCAGAGCCCACGACAGGGCCCUGGGAGCAGCUGGGCCAGGCUGUCAUGUCUGUGGCCAGCCUGGUCCUGGAGGAGCCGCUGGCUGGUGCGUGGCUGUCAGUCAGUGAGGCGGUUGGCGGACCCAUGGCCUUGGUGGCAAGCAUGCAGCGCCUGGCACCCCUGCUGAACUCCAUGCUGACCUCUGAGCGGCCUCGAAUGCACCUCCAGUACCACCAUGCUGGCCUGGAGGUGCAGCGCCUACGCCUGAGGGAGGCCAGCACAGAGGGCUACGUGUUCACGGUGCCCGGCGGGCAUCCAGAGGGGCCCGGCCACAUCCGCAUCCCCGCUGCUGAAGUGAGGCGGCUCCUCGGGAAAGGCCUCUCUGGAGUCACCGUGAUCCACAGCUGGUUCAGCUCGAGUGUCUUUCAGCACACCCUGGGGGCCCCUGGCCAAGAGCCAUGGGCUCCAGACAGUCCUGAAGCAACAAGCAGAAUGCAGAGAUUCCUAAGCACCCAGGUGGGGUCAGCCAUCAUCUCCUCUGAGGUGUGGGAUGAAACUGGGGAGGCCAACACAGCUGUGACCUUUCACCUGCAACACCAGACCCAGGCCUUCCCUCCGAAGCUGGUGGAGCCUGUCUGUGCUUUCUGGAACUUCAGUAUCAGCCCAGACUCAGGGGGCUCCUGGGCCACCACUGGCUGCACCGUGACUGCCCUGUACCAGGGCUCGACCGCCUGCUUCUGCAACCACAGCACCAACUUUGCCGUCCUGUUGCAGGUGUAUGACGUCCAGAGAGGCCCUGAGGAGGAGUCACUGCUGAGGACACUCUCGUUUGUGGGCUGUGGUGUGUCCUUCUGUACCCUCUCCACCACCUUCCUGCUCUUCCUGGCGGCUGGGGUCCCCAAGUCAGAGCGGGCCACGGUCCACAAGAACCUCACCUUCUCCCUGGCCUCCGCCGAGGGCUUCCUCAUGGCCAGCGAGUGGGCAAAGGCCAGCAAGGUGGCCUGCGUGGCCGUCACAGCUGUGAUGCACCUUCUCUUUCUGGUCGCCUUCUUCUGGAUGUUGGUGGAGGGGCUGCUGCUGUGGAGCAAGGUGGUGGCCGUGAGCAUGCGCCCGGGCCCUCGGAUGCCGCUCUACUAUGCCACGGGCUGGGGUGUGCCUGUGGCCAUCGUGGCCAUCACCCUGGCCAUGUCCCCGCAUGACUAUGUGGCCACUGGGCACUGCUGGCUCAAUGUGCACACAGACGCCAUCUGGGCCUUUGUGGGGCCCGUGCUCUUCGUGCUGACCGCCAACACCUGCAUCCUGGUCCGCGUGGUGAUUGUCACCGUAUCCAGUGCCCGCCGCCGCGCCCGCAUGCUGAGCCCGCAGCCCUGCGUGCAGCAGCAGCUCAGGAUCCAGAUGUGGGCCACGGUGAAGCCGGUGUUGGUCCUGCUGCCUGUCCUGGGCCUGACUUGGCUGGUGGGCUUGCUGGUGCACCUCAGCCCCACCUGGGCCUAUGCCGCCGUGGGCCUCAAUUCCCUGCAGGGGCCGUACAUCUUUCUGGUCUAUGCCGCCUACAACGGAGAGGUCCGGAGCGCCCUGCAGAGGAUGGCUGAGAAGAAGGCAGCAGAGGCAUUCACGGCUCGCUCCAGUCCCACGGGCCUGGGGUUCCACUCUAGACCCUCAUGUCCCUGGGAGGUGGCCAGGGACGACCCCAGAGUCUUGGCUCCACCCGAGAGACACCUGGCUCUUAGAGGAACCCGUGGCCCCAGGAUCCCCACAACCUUCUCCUCCAUUGCAGAACCCGAGAGAUCGGCAGUGGAGCUGACAGCAUUCAAGGCUUCGGGUUUCUAGAGACAGUGCAUGGGGACUUCCCUGCAAGCUCCACC